GUGAAGGUCAUUGUCAGGUGCCCUUUGGAACUCCUCGGACAAACAGUUCACCGAACAUGGAAGUGCUUUCACUUUCGCUUGAACCUGCGACACUUUUAACUUCAUUAAUUCUUGCUCUCUCGAUUAUUUACUUCUUUUUAUAUAGGAAAAGACUGCAAAAUAACAAAUACCCGCCAUCGUAUGAAGGUUGGAUUCCAUGGUUAGGAUGUGCUUUUGAGUUUGGGAUAGCACCAUUAGCUUUCAUAGAGAAAAAGAGGAGGGAGCUUGGUCCUAUAUUCACACUCAGUGUGGCAGGAGAGAGACUGACUUUUCUGACAGAGAAUGAGGAUUUCCAUCAUUUCUUUCAGUCUUCUAAUGUGGACUUCCAGAGAGCGGUACAGGACCCAGUACAGAACGUGGCCUCUAUCAGUGAGGAGUCUUUCAUGCAGAACCACACCAAGAUUCAUGAUAUGUUGAAGGGACGACUAGCCUCUUCACGUCUGAGUGAGGUCACACCUCAUUUACAUCAGCAGUUUAAAGAGAGAAUACUCAGCGUGUUUGGUCCAGAAGGGGAAGGUGAUUUGUUCGAUUUAGUCAGGAAAACUAUGUAUGGUGGUGUUAUAAAUAAUUUGUUUGGUGAUAAUACUCUUCCUAUAGAGAAUUCAGAGGAAUUUGAAAGGCUGUGUAAACAUUUUAUUAUAUUUGAUGAACAGUUUGAAUAUGGAGCAAGAUUACCUCCAAUGUUUAUCAGAGACUGGUCUACAGCAAAACAGUAUCUUCUGUCUAAGUUCAGAGGAGUAGUGACCAAGUUAGAGAGUCAAGGAAAAAACAAUGAUCAGACAGUUUUACAGACACUGAUCAGCAUCACAGACCGACCUCAUGCUCCGAAUUACGCUCUUCUGCUUCUAUGGGCCUCGCUGGCUAAUGCUGUCCCUCUGACAUUUUGGGCUCUGUGCCUAUUCAUUAACAAGUUUUUGGUUUUGACACACUUAUUCCAGUUAAUAACCUUGACAGAGGACCAAUGGGAGUUUAACGAGGAUUUUCUGAGAAAGAUGCCGUAUUUGAGGAGUUGUAUAUUGGAGGCAGUACGUUUACACCCUGUAGGAGUUAUAACACGCAGAGUCAUGACAUCAUUUACUGUCAGGGAUUACACGAUACCUAAAGGAGACAUGCUGAUGGUUUCUCCAUACUGGAGUCACAGGGACCCAAAAUAUUUCCCCCACCCACAUACAUUUAAUCCAGACCGCUGGCAGACUACAGAGCUGGAGAAGAAUUUGUUCUUGGAUGGUUUUAUUGCCUUCGGUGGUGGGCGUUACCAAUGUCCUGGGAGAUGGUAUGCCCAGAUGGAGUUACAGAUGUUCGUUGCCCUAUAUCUCUAUAAGUUUGAUGUCAAUGUUUUGUCGGAGAACAUUCCUAAACCUAGCAUGAAGCAUGUCGUAGGCACACAGCAACCUUCAGAGCCAUUCCUUGUCUCCUACAAAUUAAGAGAUCUCUAAUCCAGCAAAGGUACACUGCAUGCUCAACUUCAAUUUUUUUAAAGUUAUUAACUUCUUUCUUUUUUAUUACUAACUGUGAUAGAGUGACAUGAAAUGUACAUAAGGGAAUUGCAAUAGAAUGAUUUGAUAAGUGUUAUACAUGAUUGUUAUGAUUAUCUUACUAGCAAGAGUUUCAUGACAUUUUCUUCUCUGCAAUUAAUUAUAAUUUAUAUAUCCAUUAUAUACUUAGUAAAAGAUAUACCAA